GGACGGGGACGGGGAUAGGGACGGGCGUGCUCCGCUCCGCGCUGCUCCGCGCAUCGCUCCGCGGGGGGCUGGCCGCGGGGAAAAACACCCCAAAAUAACCCAAACUCGCACAGCUUGUCCUCCAGGCACUCCCUGCUGCAGGAUGAAUUAGGAAGGCAAAGCCUUUUCCUCUGAACCAUGGAGACGAGGGCAUCUUUCAUGGCCACCAUGAGAGAGACCCAGCAUCUCUCCCCGGAGAAGGGUCAGAGCCCAUCAAACGGCAACAGGGAGCAGUUUGAUUCAGAUGAGGGCUCCAGCAUUGAGGAUGCAGACUUCAACUGGGACGAAUUCCUGGAGGAAACAGGAGCCAGUGCUGCUCCCCACACCUCCUUCAAACACGUUGAAAUCAGCCUUCAAAGCAGCUUCCAACCAGGGAUGAAAUUAGAAGUGGCCAACAAGAGCAAUCCAGACACGUACUGGGUGGCUACGAUCAUCACAACAUGUGGACAGCUCUUGCUGCUUCGUUACUGCGGCUACGGGGACGACCGCAGGGCAGACUUCUGGUGUGAUGUGAUGACAGCAGAUCUGCACCCUGUGGGCUGGUGUACACAGAACAACAAGGUGCUGAUGCCUCCAGAUGCAAUCAAAGAGAAAUACAUGGACUGGACGGAGUUUCUCAUCCACGAUUUGACCGGCGCCCGGACGGCUCCUGCCAAUUUGCUGGAAGGUCCUCUGCGAGGAAAAAACCCUGUAGACCUCAUUACAGUUGAUUCCUUAAUAGAGCUGCAGGAUUCCCAGAAUCCCUUUCAGUACUGGAUAGUUAGUGUGGUUGAAAAUGUUGGAGGAAGAUUACGCCUUCGCUAUGUGGGAUUGGAGGAGACUGAAUCCUAUGACCAGUGGUUGUUUUACUUGGAUUGCAGACUUCGACCAGUCGGUUGGUGUCAAGAGAAUAAAUACAGAAUGGACCCACCUGCAGAUAUCUAUUCUCUGAAGACUAUAUCUGAGUGGAAAUGCGCUCUGGAAAAAUCCCUUAAUGAUGCAGCAAAUUUUCCUCUUCCAAUGGAAGUGUUCAGGGACCAUGCUGAUUUGAGAAACCACUUCUUCACUGUGGGGAUGAAGUUGGAGGCAGUGAAUUUGAGGGAGCCCUUUCAUAUCUGUCCUGCGUCAGUGACCAAGGUUUUUAACAAUCAUUAUUUAACAGUGACCAUUGAUGACUUGAGACCUGAACCCAGCAUCUCAAUGCUUUGCCAUGCAGAUUCCUUAGGGAUCUUGCCAAUACAGUGGUGCCUUAAAAAUGGAGUCAAUCUCACACCUCCCAAGGGUUACUCUGGCCAGGACUUUGACUGGGCAGACUACCAGAAGCAGUGUGGAGCGGAGGCAGCGCCUCACCUGUGCUUUAGAAAUACAUCCUUCAGCCGUGGCUUUACUAAGAACAUGAAGCUGGAGGCAGUGAACCCCAGGAACCCUGCAGAGAUAUGUGUUGCUUCUGUCACCUCAGUGAAAGGACGGUUAAUGUGGCUUCACCUGGAAGGUUUACAGAUGCCCUCUCCAGAGUACAUAGUUGAUGUCGAGUCCAUGGACAUUUUCCCUGUGGGCUGGUGUGAAGCGAAUGCUUAUAACCUGACUCCACCACACAAAGCUGUUUUGCGAAGGAAGAGAAGAAUUGCAGUUGUGCAACCAGAAAAGCAGUUACCAUCCACAGUGCCUGUUGAGAAAAUACCUCAUGACCUCUGCCUGGUUCCUCAGCCAGACACAACAGGCACCAUCAAUGGGAGAUACUGCUGCCCCCAGCUCUACAUCAACCACCGCUGCUUCUCAGGUCCAUAUUUAAACAAAGGCAGGAUCGCAGAGCUACCUCAGUCUGUGGGGCCUGGCAAGUGUGUGCUGGUCCUCAAGGAGGUUCUCAGCAUGGUGAUCAAUGCAGCUUACAAGCCAGGGAGUGUUUUACGAGAACUGCAGCUAGUGGAAGACCCUCAGUGGAAUUUCCAAGAGGAAACACUUAAAGCAAAGUACAGAGGGAAGACUUACAGGGCAACUGUUAAGAUUGUGCGGACGUCAGAUCAGGUGGCGGAUUUCUGCAGGAGGGUCUGUGCCAAGCUGGAGUGCUGCCCCAACCUGUUCAGCCCUGUGCUGGUGGCCGAAGUCUGCCCCGAGAACUGCUCCAUUCACACUAAAACCAAGUACACUUAUUACUAUGGGAAGAGGAAAAAAAUCAUUAAGCCACCAAUUGGGGAAAAUAACAACAUGAAAAGUGGCCAUGUCAAGCCAGCCAGACGCAGGAAAAGGCGGAAAUCCAUCUUUGUGCAGAAGAAAAGGAGAUCAUCAGCUGUUGAUUCGAAUGCUGCAGGCUCUGCAGAGGAGAGCGAAGAUGACGAGCCGGACGCGAUGGAGGAUGAGACGGGAAGUGAGGAGACCAGCUCGGAGCUCCGGGAUGACCAGACGGACACGUCCUCGGCCGAGGUGCCCUCGGCCAGGCCCCGGCGAGCCGUCACCCUGCGGAGCGGCACCGAGUCGGACAGACCUCCUGCCACGGAGAGGGCCCGGCGGAGCCGGAGACCACAACCCCACUCCUACAGCGAGGCAGAGAAGUGCUCACAGGUCAAGGAAGAAAUUAAGCAAGAAGAGGAAGAGAAGCUUGUCCUGGACAGUAACCCAUUGGAGUGGACUGUGACAGAUGUUGUGAGGUUCAUUAAACUCACCGACUGCGCACCCCUUGCCAAAAUAUUUCAGGAGCAGGACAUCGAUGGCCAAGCCCUUCUGUUGCUGACACUGCCCACGGUGCAGGAGUGCAUGGAGCUGAAGCUCGGUCCAGCCAUCAAACUGUGCCACCAGAUCGAGCGAGUAAAAGUUGCGUUCUAUGCACAAUAUGCCAACUGACUGCACUUCUCCACUUCUUUCUGUCCUCCCUCUUGUUCCCGCUCUUUUCUAACAUUUCAACCUGUUCAAGGGGUGUUUUUUUCCCCAUAUCCCUUUUCUUUUCCAAGAACGCGCCAAAUUGGAAGCACUGGGAAUUAAUCGAAAGGGGGAAAAAUACCCAAACAUAAAGGAGAACUAGCAACAAAUGGAACUAAGUCUUCUGUACUUGUAAAGCACACCGAGAGACUGCUGGCACCCCUCCUCAGGAGCCUCACCAACCUGUCACCCAGUGGUGCAGGGCCAGCACGGAUCAGAUGGUUUGUCGUCCUUAAAACAAACCUACUCGUGGCAGACACAUCACCAAGGAGAAGGGUCAGACACUUCCAGAUGGUGAUGGUUUGUCUAAGCCAAUUUCUGAACAUGAACAUUGAUUUUGGCCAACUCUUGGCACACUUCUUUCAUAUUGAAAUGUAAGUGAUUGUAGCAUUACCUGGGGUUUACUGCAGAUUUGAUCCUGGUGAUCAAUGGGCUUUGUUUUCUCCUGCCUCUCCAGUUUUACAAAAGGACAAAGUGUUACACCAGUCAUCAGCUGUGUUAUUCCUGAGUGAUUUGUGAAACAGAACUCAACCCAUGGUCUCUACAGGAUCAGACAAAGAUGCAGCAAACUGGCAGGGGUGACACAAGACCUGGUGGCACAUCCUGAGCCACGCUGGCUCUGCACAAUAAGCUGAAUGUCUCUGUGAUGGGAUCUGUACAAUGCUCCAUUCUUGUACAGGAACAUGAAGGCUUUCAUAGUCAAGCCCAUCCUUUUAAAUGCAAGUCAGUUCAAAGACCAGUUUGAGCCCCACAGGGUGAAAAAAAAAAGGCUGUUCAGAUUUAGUGAUGAGAUUGUUGAGGGAAUACUGGUUUCAUCUGCACCUUCAUGAAUCUGGUUGCAGAGUGGGAGUAAAAAGCCUCAGUCUUUUCAGGCUGUGUAACCACAGUGUUUAGGAUCCAAUCAAACAUGGUCUAUAUUUGAUGACUGGACCUGGUACUUAGUGCUGGUUUUUAGUUGACAAGGUAGUGAUCACUCAGAGGUGGGACUCAAUAAUCUUGAAGGUAUUUUCCAACCUUAAUGGUUCUUAUGGUUCUAAUGGUUCCAACCUUAAUGUCCAGUGCCACCUUGGCUAGUGAAACUGGGGGCUGGCUUCAUGCCAAGCAGGGUAAAACACCAGAGAGAGUGAGGAAAUGGGUUGGACACCCGGGGUUUCUGGUUUUAUCCCAUUUACUUUGCAGGGAUAUAUGACACCAUUAGUCACACCUGUUGAGCAUGAAUUUUCUUUAACUCAGCAGAGGUUGGUGGCAUCACAGAGAUGAGAAGUUCUCCCAAAAAACCAAACUGGGAUCAUGCCAGAAUUUUACUCUAACUUUAAGGUGCAAAUGAAUCCCACCCUUCAAAAGUGGUUCAUGCUGUUUUAGCCUGUUUUUGUAGGAAACCACUGUCACUGGCAGACUUUUGUUCUCACGCCAUAAACAGACCCCUGUUCCCUGGCCUCAGGGAAAUCAGCUUGGAAAUUAUAUACACAGGUCUGUUACAGUGCCCUAAUGCCAAAGCCCACUCAGUGAAAACCUCUUCAGAAAGAAAUGUCACUUCUAGCCCUAAAUCUGAAACCAGUGCCUAUGGCCAGAUAACCCUCACCUCAAGCACAUCCCGUAUAGAGGCAGCAGACUUGGAUCAGAGGGUCCUGCUGACCAUCCUGUGCUCAGAAGAACUUGCUGACCAACACCAGGCUGAAGCUGCUGCAUUCUCCCUCAUCAGUUUUCCUUCUUAAAUUCUCUGGAGUGAAGGGGGAACCUUCAGAAAUAAAUGUUCUGGACUACACUGGAAUCUGCCCCAGAGAAUAUGUUAAGAAAUAUUGACUCUGUUUGUCGUGUAUCUGAAUUUCCUGAUUUGCCACUGAGGAAUGUGAUGGGUGGAAGUGCUGCAGGCUGGGCCAGAUCCUGCCAACUCUUGAGACUUCAUCAGAAUUUUUUUUACAUGAGAGAUCAGCAGGACUGGAUCUAUUCUCAGCUGUUGCUUUGUACUGAAGGUCUUGUUCAAGUUUUAGCCAACUCAAGGGAGUAGCAGUUGCCUCUGCAUCAAAUGGUGUUUUUUUGUUUCUCAGAAAUCCAGGAAUAAGGUUCUGUAGUGGGGCAGACAUUAAAAAACUGGGUUUCAGACUGGAUUUCCUACUGACAGUAGCAGAGAAAUGUGUCAAUGCAACUGGUUUGAUAAGCACUUUGGACCCCUCUCAGGGUCCCCUAAAAAUGUUGCUCCUUGUUUCAUCUCUGAAGACAAAAGGAUUGGAGCCAGAAAAAUGAGAGCACAGCUGAGAAGAUCAGGGAGGGUGCUUCUCCCAGCUCCUCCUUCCUUCAGCCCAGUUCUGGUGUUACAUCUGUCAGCAGGAGAGAAUUCUGUCGGGAGAACUGGCGUGUGAGGACAUUUCAAGGAAGGGAAGCAGAAUGGCUGUUUGUUAAACAGCAUCCCAGCACCGAUCCUUUACUUGCCACAUCCACCUUCUUCAGAGCAUCCUUUGCUGCUCCGAUGUUCUUGGAGUUUCUUGCCUCUGGGAUUUGUCAAGAGACAUUUAACGCUUUCUGGGACACGUUGCAAAAAUGUCAUUUUUUUUCUCCGUCAGCCUUGUAACUGUAGAUAUUCCUGUGGCAGCUAAUUACUCAUGGAGGCAAAACUGGGGAGCAGACAGACACAGACUCUGAGAGCAACCAGCUCUGAUGUUGGCUGGGUAGGGAAUGGGUGAAGCACUGAGCCGAGAACAUGGGAAUCUUUACUGAUUGUUCAGGGAAGCGAAAUCAUAUUUAAAACUCACCUAUUAAACAACAAAAAAAAGAGUUCUAAUUUUAUCUUGCGCCGCUCUUUUAUUUCCUCAGUUUUCUUUGUCCUCACAAUUUGUCUUUCAGUUCAUUGUUCUUCGUUGUCACCUUGUUUAUCACUCUCUGUCCUUUCAGAGAAGCUGAUAACCUGAAAUCUUUAUGUUAAAGUUACCUUGGGUGGUAAAUGCUUUAUUAUUUCUUUUUAGUCUACAGGUUGGGAAGAAAUGUGGGAUUGGGGUACUGCUGUCUGUUGCACUGAUGGCUUUCAAGAAAAACUGGAGCUGAGUUACUUGGGCAGUUUCUUACACAAGUGGAAAGUGGAUGAUGUGUAGUUUAGCUGGACAAGUAUACUUGGAUUGAGCAGAGAUCAGAAGGAACUAAUUACUCUUGCCUGGACUUCAUUUCAAUUCUGGAACAUUAGUAAGGCUUUGGAGUAAUGUACUUCAAAGGAAAUGAGGGAAACCUGAUCUUCCUAGGGUAAAAUAUCACUUUACUUUGCAAUAUAGAAGUAUAAACCACUGGAAGUGUGGGGUUUUUUGGUCCAGACCUGGUUCUAAGUUAAAUUUUCAGAGCUGGUGCAACUUCACAGAUACACUAAUAUUAGACAGUGGUGAAGCCACAUCUUCUCCCCUCCCUGUUCUGAAUUUGGCAUCUAGGCCUGAAGUUUAUUGUGUUAUCAGCUGCUAAAGGCCACAGCUGUGAAGUGCUGAACUGAAGAUUAUCCAAGGCCAUUGCCCAAGGGCUGGAGAGCAACUCUGCUGUUCUUCUUGGGCUAUUGGAUGCUGAACUGCAGCACAUUCACACAGACCACUUUGCUCCCACAAGAAGGGUGUGCAGGCACCUGUUACUGCUCUCUCUUCAGGCACACGACCAAGGAUGGUCAUUUCUGGAAGAAGAGCAGGGGGUUGAAGAGUGUGUGGUACCUGCCCAUCCUCAUCUGCACUGGCUCCUUUCGAGCUUGCACUGUCAGGUUGAACAGAUCUGUGGGCAGGUCCCUGCUCCAUUCCCAAUCCUUUCAGCACUUAACUUGACAGAAUCAGCUAAUUCCCAGUUUUCAGGCCCAAAGCACUUGUUCCUGAAAUUGGAUUAAAGCAUUAACUUAGGGAAUGUCCAUGAUUCCCUGGCUGGCUGUCCUGACUUCCUCCUGCUCUUGUGGAUGCUCCUCUGCCACCUUGAGGAAAAAUGCUCUCUUUGGUUUCAGGGCACUUUUUCCUUUUUCAACCCCAAAACACAGCUCCCAUCCACACUCCCAUUUUUUUCUUCAAUGCCAGGAAGACUAAACCCUGGCUUUUUCUACCUCUCAGAGGCAUGAUGGCCUCUCAGCUCUGAGAAGGAUUUCAGGGUCUCCAGCUCCACCGUGUUAACCACGUACCGUAACCCUUGAUAGUUUGGUCCUGUGGGGUGCAGAAACCUCCUAAAAAUGCUGGGUUCCCUCAGGAAACACCAAAAUCCAGGCUGAUGGUUGCACACCCUGUCCUUAGUGAAGCAUCUUGCAGAUGCACAUCCUAGCUGAGAUGGCCUGACCCACUGACAGAGGUAUCUGGAUGUCUGUUAGGAUUUGCAAAGUUUCUCAGUAAGUUAGACACCUAAAGCCCCUUUAAUAUUUCACUGUGGGCAAACAGCUAAUUUGCCUUAAUCUGGAGAGUCACCAUUCCUUGGCUUUAACCUUCAGCCUUUUGCAGUCCCCAGUCCUGUGGUUUGGAGCAAACACCAGCUCAGCUUUUUGAAGACAAACCAGGCAGUGCUGGGCUACCGUGAUCGACAUUUAGUCACCUGAAAAGCCUGCCUUGGUCUUUGCAGGGCACAAAAUUGAAUGUGGCAGAGCUGCUGUGCCACCUCAGUGUUUUAGAAGCUCUGUACAAUCAGGCCACUUCAAAUACUUUUUGCUUUUCUGGUGCAGUGUGUCUGGAAAAUGAUGAACUCAGACUGUUCCUCUCAUUUCCAAAUUCAAGUGCCAAAAGAGAAGAACAUGCUGCAACUGAACACUAUUAAAACCAGCUUUAUUACACGUGGAUAAAUUUAGUCUCAAGGGCUCCAUUUUGGUGCUAAGAAAAGUCAUGCUGUAUUUUCCAUUGCUUGGGAUUACAAAGCUGAUUCCCUUCUCCAGGAAAUAUUUUUCUGUAAUCUGCAAUGUCUUGAACAUUAGGAUUUUUUUUUUUAACUUGUGACUGUACACUUUUUAGCUCAGAUACACUCAACAAAUACCCCGUCACCCCCAGUCAUGUGAGUUUUGGAGACAUUUUAUACAUUAUAUUUAUGUAAAAACUCUUUCAAAAUGUAGAUGCACGUAUAUUUUCCCCUCAGUAAUAUUAUUCAUCUCAUCAGCUGACCCAAAACUAAAGGAAUCUGUUACUCAGGAUUUGAUCCAGAAAUAACUGAGGUUAGUGUUAGGGCCCUCAGAAAUGGGUGGGCUGUGGGACCAAGUCUUCACCAUUUUUUUUCACUUAAAAUUCAAAAAACCUGCACUUAAUUAUCAGAAAAUUGAAAUGCCUCCUGCUCCUAGUAGGCAGAAAUUCAGCUGCAGUCUGCCAGACUUCACAAGAGAGGGCUUGUGUCCUUAGGUGCUCAUGAACUCCCAGUAAAGGAGCAGAAGCUUUUAAUAUUCUCAUUUAUACUUUGGUACAGUACCCCAGCAAGAAGUAUAAAUGAUCUUAAUGGCUGCCUAUAGAAUAUGAGCCAGUCAUCAAAGAUGAGGGUUUUACAGCCCAGCAGUCCUUUAAAUGUCAGCUGUCCUGCAGAAGAAGAGUGGUUGUGCAGUGGUUUGGUGCCAUGCACGGGAAUUCUCUCACAGGGGACACGUGAACUGCACAAACCCAGCAUGGGUCGUAGUUUUAAAUGCUUGUGGCCUUUCUUUCUUUUAGUCUUUUAUGUUAAUUUUUGCAAUGAAGAAGGUAGGUCUUGAUGACUGCCAAGGAUGUGGGAGAGGGGAGGGCGGGAUUUAGGAAGGAGAGAGGUAUCUUUUCUGGAGAGGGACCUCUCACAACAGAGAAGCACAGCUGAGGCCCAUGAGCAUCGUUCCUGGAAGCUUUUCUUUUUCACAGCAAAGAUGUUUUGAGUCCCUAAAGGGGCCAGGUGAGAGGAAGGAAAGAAGCUGGCUAUAGACUCAGAGCUACAAUGCUGAAAGGUUCAUAUUUUGCUUUCCCAGUGGAGAUGCAGAAAUUUGGUUCAGAUGUCUCCAGGCCCCUUAGCUGGAUAGUAGGGAAAAUCAGCCUUGCUUCAUUGUACCUGACUCCUGAGUGUCUGCUGAGUUUUGGGGGCUGAAGAACCUCCUCUUGCACCUUUCAGACCUCCAUAGGAGAUACUGGGCUAACGUCUGAGCUCUGUCCCAUAGGAAGAGGCGACAGUGCCCUGAGUUCAGGUUGUGAGUCUACAAAAUACUCUGUAUUAGGAUGUAACAGGAUGAAAAUGCUCAUUCCCAAGGCACCCUACCUGCUUGUGGUUGCUCCAGUCUCACUGGGGAUUAUGGACAUAUAAAUGUUCAUAAUUUAUACAUUAUAAAUAAAUGUAUGCAUCAAAUUUCCCAAUCCCUGUUCUGCCAAACCUGGUCAGGAUGUGCCAACACAUGCAGUUAUUCCAGAAGCCUUCACCUGUGUAGUCCAACAGAGGUGAAAGUCUUAAGUGCAGGCUUUGAGGGGAGUUGAGUGUUUUCAUGUACCAUGGUAGGAGAAGGCAAGCACUUGAACCCUCCUGUUUCUUAUGGAAUGGCAGAAAUUUUUUCCACAACCAGCAGUUUAUGGUCCUUUCGUGGUGAUGCACGUUGGAAACCCUUGAAUUGUUUUGAAUUCCAGUUUGUACUGAAAGUCUAACUUACAAUUUGUGUACAUAAAUCCCUUUGGUGUGUUACAAAUAUGUAUGUGUGUGUAUAUAUAUGUAUAUAUAUGUGUGUGUAUAUGUAUGUGUAUAUAUAUAUAUACAUAUAAAUCAAUCAAUGCUGGUGUUUUUACUUUUUAAAGUUCACAGGGCAAAGGGCAUGUUGUUAGUUUGCUGUAAGAUUCUAUUCUGUAUAUAUGUUUUCAUGUAAAUAAGUGAAAAUCUAUAUUCAGAGUUAUAUUUUAAUUUUUAUUCAGAAUUAAAUAAAUCCCCUUUUUACUUGAAACAGUUGUAAGCUACGUUGUUAAUAAAGUAAGAAUAAACCA